AUGGCGGGCUCACUCUUUACCACUUGCAUCCCAAUAUGGCAUGCUGUUGCUUCAUGGACAUGGGAUGCCCAAGAUGAAACAUGUGGAAUUUGUAGGAUGGCCUUUGAUGGUUGUUGUUCUGACUGUAAACUCCCUGGGGAUGAUUGCCCAUUGAUUUGGGGUGCAUGCAACCAUGCUUUCCAUCUUCAUUGCAUCCUGAAAUGGGUUAAUUCACAGACUUCUCAAGCACAUUGUCCAAUGUGCCGUCGUGAAUGGCAGUUCAAGGGAUGAUUCAUCCAAUAAAUAUUUUAACCAUUGAUGCCUUAUGUUGCUUAUCUGUUCAAAAAACACACUUUUUAUCUCUUCUCAUUUUGAUCUACCUAUAUUCAUAGAUUCACCAAA